AUGCAAAAAGCCGAGCCGUUCAAGAUAGACCAGUGGAUGGAGGAAUAUGGGCCAGGAGCGAAAAUUUGCCUCUAUGACUCCUUCGUGUCAGCGCUCUCUCUGAACGAGUUGCAGCAACUGGCUCCGGAUGCUAGCCAUGUGGCUAUAGACCCGGACCUGAAGCUUACCUAUGGCACGCUGCUUGGUUCACCGCGGCUUCGAGAGCGAAUUGCCAAGAUUCACUCCUCACCCGAGGCCCCGUUAACAGCUGCAAACGUCGUUAUCACACCGGGCUCCAUCAUGGCAAACUAUCUCGUUUUGGCCGCAAUCUGUGGCGCUGGCGACCAUAUCAUCUGUCAGUACCCGACGUAUGGGCAGCUGUAUCUUUUGCCGAGGUACAGUGGAGUUGAUGUUAGUCUGUGGGCUAUGCAUGAGAAUAAUGAUUGGUCUUGUAAUGUGGAAGAGCUUGCUGGCAUGAUCAAGGCCAAUACCAAGGCUAUCAUUAUUAACAACCCAAAUAAUCCGACCGGGGCCGUUAUUUCCAAGGACAAGCUGAAGGAGAUCUUGGCCCUCGCCCGAGAGCAUGGCAUUGUGGUCUUCUCUGAUGAGGUUUACAGCCCUCUGUUUCAUACGAGCAACCGCCCACCGCCUCUAGUCUCUUUGGGUUAUAGCCAUGCCAUCUCCACGGGCUCUGUCUCUAAAGCGCACGGCUUACCUGGAAUUCGGGUAGGCUGGGCAGUAUCGCAAAAUGCAGAAAUUUUGCAACGGAUUACAACCCUCCGGGACUAUACGACUACCAGCGUGUCGCAACUCGAUGAUAGUGUUGCCGCAUUUGCGUUGAGUGAGAAGGUACUACCCCGGUUGAUGGAACGAAAUAUGGCGGCCUGCACCGAGAGCAUGGCCAUUCUCGACGACUUCAUUAAGCGCAAUGCCCGACGAUGCCGGUGGGCUAAGCCAGAUGGGGCAGCGACGGCGUUCGUCCAAAUUUUAAACGAGGACGGAUCAGCGUCGGAUGACGUCGCGUUCAGCAAGCAGUUGGUUGAGCAAGAAGGCAUCGUCGUUCUGCCUGGAGGACACUGUUUCGGUGAGGCAGGAGUCAACGAUUUGAAAGGGUACAUUAGACUCCCACUCGGCCAGCCAAGGCUAUUGGACGCUGCAUUGGAGACAUUGGAGAAGUUCAUUCAUAAGCAGACAUGCUUCUAG